CUUGGCGUGUCUGUGAGCCUCUUCUGUGGUCUUUGUGUGUCAUGGAUUUAGUAAACAGCCUUAAUAAACAGGUUUGCUGUUUUUAUUCUGGGUCUUCUCUAAGAUGCUGUUAAAAAGCUCACCACCCUCCAAAACACCUCCACAGGCCGCCGUCAUGCCGCCGGUGUUGAACAGCACAAACUACGAUUAUGACUACGACGUGGUCCAGCCCUACUUCUUCCUGAAUGGUGAAGAGGAAGACUUCUACCCUCCUCCACGCAGCCAGCUCCUGCCGGCUCCCAGCGAAGACAUCUGGAAGAAGUUCGAGCUGCUGCCUACACCUCCCUUGUCCCCCAGCCGGAGACCCUCCCUGUCUGCCGCCGACCACUUGGAGGCGGUGUCUGACCUCUUGGACGAUGACCACAGCUCCUCUGCAGCAUUUCUGCAAUCCUUCAUCAUCCAGGAUUGCAUGUGGAGCAGCAGCUUCGCCGCCGCCACAGAGCUGGAGAAGGUGGUGUCAGAGAGGCUGGCCUCGCUGCGGGCCCGCCGGGACUCCUGCAACACUAAGACCAUCACAGACAGAACAGCUGACGAGCAGGUGGGCGGGUCUCAAGUGAGCGCUGGGUACCUGCAGGACUUCCACACCUCGGUGACAGACUGCAUUGACCCCUCUGUGGUGUUCCUGGGUGAGAAGCAGAUGGAUGAUGGUGUGGCGAUGGAGGUGGGGUCUGAGCUGAGACUGGACUCGCCACCACCCAGCAGCAGUGACAGUGAAUCAGAAGAGGAAGAUGAUGAUGAGGAAGAGGAAGAGAUCGAUGUGGUGACAGUGGACAGGAGAAAGUCAUCUCGGCGGUCCCACACCUCCCCUCUGGUCCUCAAACGCUCUCACGUCAACAUCCACCAACACAACUACGCUGCCCAGCAACCCCCUGAGAAACGGGUGAAGGCGGAGAGCAGCAGCGCGGCACCGAGGCAGAGCGGCGGGCGCCGGUGCUGGAGCCCGAAAUCGGAGGGCGAGGACAACGACAAGCGCAGGACUCACAACGUGCUGGAGAGGCAGCGGAGAAACGAGCUGAAGAUGAGCUUCAUGGUUCUGAGGGACGAGGUCCCAGCGGUGGCCAACAAUGAAAAAGCGGCGAAGGUGGUGAUCCUGAAGAAGGCGGCGGAGUUCAUCAUGGAGGUCAGAGAGCAGGAGAGGAAGCUGUUGGCAAAGAAAGAUGAACUGAGGAAGAGGAGCAGAGAGCUGAAGCAGAGGCUGCAGCAGCUCAGGACUUCACAUUAACAUCUGCUCAGUCGUUCUAGUUUCUUCACUUCAGGUUUUAAAGCUAAAAUAAUGACCGACGUCACCUGAAUGCAGCACGCUGCCCGUGGGGCUCGCUGCUCGUCUGCAAUCAGGUUUUCUGUUUUUUUUAUUUAUUUUUGUUUUUAUUGACUAUUUUAAUUUAAAGUAGUUUUUCAAACAUUCCAGUUUAUGAGGCGACAAUGUGAAUAAAUAUGUGUCAUAACUUUAAUUUACAGCUGAUGAUGAACAAUAAUUUAAUUCACUAUAUUUAAUCUGUUCACUCCCUAAAGUUGUCUUUUGUAUUUUUAAUUUCAGAGUUUAUUUUUAUAUAUAUUGUUUUUGUUCAAAAGCUUUUUUGCACUAAAAGUACAUCAGAAGUGUUUUCAUCCCUUCAGAAUAAAAGCCCUUCACAUGUUGGAGCUUC